AUGAACGAUCUGGUUGCUGAAUACCAGCAAUAUCAGGAUGCAGUAGCUGAGGAAGAAUACGAGGAGGAAGAAGAGGAGGAGGAGAUUGCGAGUAGAGCACAGUUUAUGACCAGAAAGAACAAUCAAGAUUUGGUCCAGUUUGAUCCAGAAAUUGAAAGAAGUUUUCAUAUACGACACAGAGCUCAGAGAGGACAGUCUUCUACUUCUAAUUCUAUGUCUGUAGAUCCUUCAAGCAGAAUGGUGCUUGGUCAUGGCAGUACACUGAGGGAAUUGGCAGCUCCUUAUGGUUCACAUCAACCUCUUUGCAUUGAGUAUCCUGAAUUAGAAGUUGAUUUUGAGUUAAGAUCAGGGAUUAUACAUUUGUUGCCUAAAUUCCAUGGACAUUCAGGUGAGGAUCCAAAUCGACACCUGCAGGAAUUCCAUGUGGUAUGCUCUACAAUGAAACCUCAGGGGAUUUCGGAGGAGGAUAUCAAACUAAGAGCAUUUCCAUUUUCUUUGGCUGAUGCAGCUAAAGAUUGGUUAUUCUAUUUGCCUUCAGGAACUAUUACUUGUUGGAGUGAUAUGAGGAGGGUAUUUCUGGAUAAAUUUUUUCCUGCUUCUAGAACAGCAUCAAUUAGAAAAAGCAUUUGUGGAAUUCAGCAAGCUACUGGUGAAACACUUCAUGAAAAUUGGGAGAGGUUUAAAAGGUUAUGUGCAAGUUGUCCACAACAUCAAAUAAGUGAUCAAUUGUUAAUUCAGUAUUUUUAUGAAGGGUUAUUACUUAUGGAUAGGAGCAUGAUAGAUGCUGCUAGUGGAGGAGCUUUAGUGAAUAAGACGCCUAAUGAUGCUAGAGAUUUGAUAGAAACUAUGGCAGCAAAUUACCAGCAAUUUGGUACAAGACCUAUGGUAGCAAGGGGUGUUCAUGAAGCCCAGAUUUUACAACCAGGACAGAGUAGAAUUGAGAGUAGAUUAGAGGAAAUGUUGAAUAGAAUUGAGUUGGCAGCAGCUCAGAUGACAGUGAAUCAGCAAGUUCAACAUCAAGCUGUGGAGCCUGUGCAUGCAAUGAAAAUAUGUGGAUUCUGUGCCAGUAGUUGGCAUUCAACAGAUACUUGUCCCAGUUUGCAACCAGAUGGAUGCAAUUCAAUAGUUGAGCAAUCUGUAGCAGUAGCUAGCGUCUUCCCUAAUCGUCCACAAUAUCAGCAAGGCAAUCAACAAGUGAAGUAUGAUCCUAUGUCACCUACUUAUAAUCCAGGAUGGAAGGAUCAUCCAAAUCUGAGGUAUGGAAAUAUUUCAGCUGCUCAGCAGCCUUUUCCACAACAGAUUCAGAAUAACAAUUUUUCAAGCAAUCCGAGACCACCAGGGUUUUACAGUAGCACAAUUCCGAACAGAAUACAACCAUUUCAACAGUUUCAACAACAUGUUCCACCAUUUCAGCAGCCAAGGAAAUCUUUCCCUACAACUCAAAUUGAUUUUUCAGUACAAGAUAUGAAGGAGAUUAUGCAGCAAAUGAUGCUCCAUCAACAACAACUUUCACUGCAAUGUACACAUUCAAUUCAGCAACAACAGCGGACUGAUGCAGCAUUGCAAAAUAUUGAAAGACAAGUAAGUCAACUAGUUUCUGCACAGGGACAAACUCAAUUACAGACCCCAAGCCAGUUGCCUUCCCAAACCAUUCCAAACCCAAGAGGAAAUGUGAGUGCUAUCACUCUACGGAAUGGAAAAAGUGUUUCUGAGAAUAAACAGGAGGGCUUAGCUGAGCAUUUAAGAGAUUUGGAUGCAGAUUUGCAGAUUAAAUUUGGUUCUAUUCCUAAAUCUGUUGCUGUGCAGCUUCCAUCGUUAGAACAGGAGCAGACAGAGAUUCAGUUACCAUUUCCUCAAAGGUUGGUAAAACCUGGAAAGGGUAAGGUUAUUGAAAAGUCUAGAGAAUUUCAAGAGAUGAUGGAAAUUUUUAGUAGAGUAGAAGUAAACAUCCCUCUACUGAAAGCAAUCAAACACAUUCCAAAGUACGCAAAAUUUCUGAAGGAUCUAUGUGUUAAUAAGAAGAAGCUUAAGGGUGAUGAGCUGGUUAGUGCAGGGGAAAGUGUUUCUGCAUUAUUUCAGGCUAUGCCACAAAAAUGCAGGGAUCCGGGAGUUUUUACUAUUCCGUGUAAAAUUGGAGAAAACUGUUUUGAAGAUGCUAUGGUGGAUCUUGGGGCAUCCAUUAAUGUAAUGCCGAAAGCAGUGUUUCAGGCUCUUGGAAUUGGUCCUCUUCAGCCAACAGGAGUUGUGAUCCAAUUGACAAAUCGAAGUUUUGCUCAUCCAGUAGGAGUGAUUGAAGAUGUGCUGGUUAAGGUUAAGGAAUUGAUUUUUCCUGCAGAUUUUUAUGUUUUAGAUAUGGAAGGUGAUGCAUUAUCAAGUCAUGUGCCAAUUAUUUUGGGAAGACCAUUUUUGAAGACAACAAAGACUAAAAUUGAUGUUCAUGCUGGAACUUUGUCAAUGGAAUUUGGUGGAACUGUAGUGCAGUAUAAUAUUUUGGAUGCUAUGAAAUAUCCAGUAGAGGAUCAUUCUUUGUUAAGUAUAGAUUUGUUUGAUGAAUUAGAAGACAGGUUAGAUGGUUACUUACUGGAAUGUGCUGUUCUUUUUAAUGAUUUUGGAGAUGAUCUGAGUACAAAAUGCCGAGAUAGUUUGGAUCGGUGUGUUCCAGAGACAAAGGACUAUGAGGAAGUUUGUGUAGCUGAGGUUGAAUCUGGAAAAACACUUCCUUCUGUUUUGCAGCCACCAAAGCUGGAGUUGAAAGUUCUUCCGAGCCAUUUGAAAUAUGCUUACUUAAGGAAGGAUGAACAACUGCCAGUUAUUAUUUCCAAAGAUCUUGAUGCUGUACAGGAAGAGAAAUUGCUAAGGGUUUUGAGGCACAAUCAGAAGGCGAUUGGGUGGACUCUCGCAGAUUUGACGGGAAUCAGCUCUUCUAUCUGUACACAUAGGAUCUUGUUGGAGGAUGAUGCUAAACCUGUGCGACAGCCACAAAGGAGGCUUAACCCAAUUAUUCUUGAUGUAGUAAAAAAAGAAGUUGUGAAGUUACUGCAAGCUGGGAUUAUCUAUCCUAUUUCGGACAGCAAUUGGGUAAGUCCAGUGCAAGUGGUGCCUAAGAAAUCGGGAAUUACUGUAGUGGCAAAUGAGGGCAAUGAAUUGAUUCCUACAAGGGCACAAAAUAGUAUUGAGGUAGAUCCGGCUAAAAUUAGUGUAAUUACUGCUUUAUCAUAUCCCACAUGUGUGCGGGAAGUUCGUUCUUUUCUUGGGCAUGCAGGUUUUUAUAGAAGAUUUAUCAAAGAUUUUAGUACUAUUGCUUUACCUUUGUCACGAUUGUUGCAGAAGGAUGUGGAGUUUGUGUUUGAUGAAAAAUGCAAAGAAGCUUUUGAUAGACUCAGGGAAGCUCUUAUUUCUUCUCCUAUUAUGUGUGCUCCUGAUUGGUUGCUACCUUUUGAACUUAUGUGUGACGCUUCUAAUUUUGCAGUUGGAGCGGUUCUAGCUCAAAGGGUUAACGGAGCGCCUCAUGUUAUUAGCUAUGCAUCAAAGACAUUGGAUUCUGCUCAAAGCAACUAUACAACAACUGAGAAAGAACUUCUAGCAAUUGUUUUCGCUUUGGACAAAUUUCGGUCUUACCUUCUUUGUUCUCAUGUUAUUGUUUUUUCUGAUCAUGCAGCUCUCAAGUUUCUUCUCAGGAAAAAAGAUGCAAAGCCUCGAUUGAUUCGUUGGAUGCUCCUACUUCAAGAAUUUGAUAUUGAAAUACGAGACAGGAGCGGGAAAGAGAACUUGGUGGCAGACCAUUUGAGUAGGAUUGGAAGUGAAAUGGAAACUAUACCAAUUGUGGAUGCAUUUCCUGAUGAACAACUUUUUCGGCUACAAGGUAGAUUGCCAUGGUAUGCUGAUCUUGUCAAUUAUUUGGUUGCUGGUGUCUUUCCUACGCAUUUUUCAAGAAUUCAAUGUGAUAAACUUAAAAGUGAUGCAAAGUAUUAUGUGUGGGAUGACCCUUACCUUUGGAGAUUUGGUAGUGAUCAGGUUGUAAGGAGAUGUGUAUCUGAUGAUGAAUUUCAGUCUAUACUUUCCUUUUGUCAUUCACUUGCAUGUGGGGGGCAUUUUGGGCCUCAACGUACAGCUAGGAAAGUUUUAGAUUCGGGAUUGUAUUGGCUCACUUUAUUUAGGGAUGCUUUUGAGUUUCAUCGGACUUGUGAGAAUUGUCAAAAGAUGGGAAGUAUAAGUCGUAAACAUGAAAUGCCUCAACAACCUAUUUUGUUUUGUGAAAUUUUUGAUGUAUGGGGUAUUGAUUUUAUGGGUCCUUUACCUAUUUCAUUCGAUUUUGUUUACAUUCUAUUAGCUGUUGAUUAUGUGUCAAAAUGGGUGGAGGCUAUUCCCACCAGGACUGACGAUUCUUCUGUUGUUGUGGACUUUGUUAGGUCUCAUUUAUUUUGCAGAUUUGGAUUGCCUAGAGCUAUUAUCAGUGAUCAAGGUUCUCAUUUUUGUAAUAAGCACAUGAGGGCACUCAUGAGUAAGUAUGGUGUGGUUCAUAGAGUAUCUACUUCUUAUCAUCCACAAACAAAUGGUCAGGCCAAAGUUUCUAAUAGAGAGAUUAAGCAAAUUCUGGAAAAGACAAUAAAACCGGAUAGGAAGGAUUGGAGUAGGAGACUUGAUGAUGCUCUUUGGGCUUACCGAACAGCUUACAAAACACCUAUUGGAAUGUCUCCGUAUCGGAUUGUUUUUGGUAAAGCUUGUCACUUGCCGGUUGAGGUAGAACAUAGAGCGUAUUGGGCUGUGAAAUCUUGUAACAUGAAUCUGGGAGAGGCUGGUGGUGAGAGAAAGUUACAGUUGCAAGAGCUUGAGGAGCUUAGGUUAGAGGCUUAUGAGAGUUCACGGAUUUACAAAGAAAAAACAAAAGCUUUUCAUGAUAAACAGAUAUUGAGAAAGGAAUUCCAUAAGGGAGACAAGGUUUUGCUAUUUAAUUCUAGACUUAAAUUGAUACGGGGUAAGUUGAAGUCUAGGUGGGAGGGACCUUAUUGUGUUACUAAUGUGUUUCCUUAUGGUGUUGUUGAGAUUCAGGAAAUUUCUACUGGGAGAGUUUUCAAGGUGAAUGGACAUCGUCUUAAAGUGUUCUUUGAAGGUGCUGAGGGAGGAUUCAAGGAGAAGUUGCAUUUUGAGGAAGCUGCUUAUCCAACUUGA